AUGUAUCCGAUGAGCAAGCGCGUGGCCGAGAUUGUGGUGGACACCCUGCAGCAGGCAGGCGUCCGCCGCUGUUAUGGCAUCGUGGGCGAUACGCUCAACCAUGUGACCGAUGCGAUGCAUGGCAGCGACAUUGCCUGGGUGCACGUACGCCAUGAGGAAGUGGCCGCGUUCGCCGCCGGUGCCGAUUCGCUGGUGAGUGGCGAACUGACCGCCUGUGCCGGCUCCUGUGGCCCCGGUGGCCUGCAUUUCAUCAACGGCAUCUUCGAAAGCAAUCGCAAUCGCGCGCCGAUGGUGCUGAUCGCCAGCCAGAUCGUCACCAGCGAGCUGGGCAUGGAGUUCCCGCAGGAAGUGGAUUUCAAGGCGGCGCGGCGCGUGGUGGCGCUGGCCUGCCAAGCCGCGAUCAGCCGCCGCGGCGUGGCGGUGGUGAUCCUGCCGGCCGACAUCAGCGAGGCCGAAGUGAAGCACGAUGUGCCGUUCUCGGUGCACUACACCCAGCCGGUGCUGCGCCCCUCUGAUGCUGAACUGCAGCGCAUCGCCGAGCUGCUGGGGCAGGGCAGGCGCAUCGGCAUCUAUGCCGGUGCAGGUUGCCAGGGCGCACACCCGCAGCUGCUGGAAUUGGCGCGGCGCCUGCAGGCGCCGGUCGCGCAUACCUCGCGCGCCAAGGACUUCGUCGAGCCUGACAACCCCUACAACAUGGGCAUGACCGGCAUCUUCGGCAUCGAAUCGGGCUUCCACACGCUGAUGGAAUGCGACACGUUGCUGCUGCUCGGCGCUGAUUUCGCGUGGGGCCAGUUCUAUCCGGACAAGGCCACGAUCAUCCAGGUUGACCGCGACGGCAGCCAUCUGGGCCGCCGCCAUCCGGUGAACCUGGGCGUGGUCGGUGACAUCGCGCCGACGCUGGACGCCUUGUUGCCGAUGCUGCCGCCACGCGAGGACAGCAGCUUCCUGGACGAAUGCGUCGAGCGCCGCGACAAGGCACUGAAGAAGCGUGAGCAGGAAGAGCAGCCGGGCGAGGGUGAGUUGAUCCAUCCGCAGCAUCUGACCGCGUUGUUGUCGAAGUACGCGACGGACGACGCGCUGUUCACCGCCGACGGUGGCUCACCGAUGGUGUGGGUGCUGCGGCAUAUCCGGGUAAACGGCCGCCGCCGUACGCUGACCAGCCUGUUGCACGGCACGAUGGCCAACGCGAUGCCACAGGCGCUGGGCCUGCAGAAGGCGUUCCCGGGGCGGCAGGAAAACCUGCCGAUCAAGGUGGUGGUGUUCAACAACGGCUCGCUGAAUUUCGUCGAGCUGGAGCAGAAGGUGGAAGGCCUGCUGGACAACUACACCGACCUGAAGAACCCGGAUUUCGGCCGCCUGGCCGAGGUGAUCGGCUUCCACGGCCGCACCGUCACCCGCAGCGAGGAUCUGGAAGAGGCGGUGCAGGACUUCCUGUCCCAGCGCGGCCCGGCGUUGCUGGAUGUGCAUACCAGCCGCGCGGAGCUGGUGAUGCCGCCGCAGAUCGAGGCGAAGCAGGUCGCGGGUACCGCGCUGUAUGCGGCCAAAGCGGUGUUGAACGGCCGCUUCGACGACGUGAAGCAUCUGCUGGUGGACAACUUCCUGAAGAAGUAA